AGGGGUCUGACGGAGCAGAUCCAAGAGAGGUGAGAAACGGGCACAAGAGAGACUGACUUUUUACCUCUCUUCCAGUGGAUGACUUCCUGAGCAACACUUUUUUAUUUUAUCGGAUUACAAAACCAGGAUUUCUCCCUCCACUAAAGAUUCAUCAUGAAGCUCUUCCUGUUGUCGGUGGCGGCGCUGCUCCUGGUGGUGGCAGAGAGCUCUGCAGAAAGAAUCCUGUCCAGAAGAACCAAGAGGGAUCUGGCCAACCCGCUGCAUGUUGGGGGCAUCAGGGACCCUCAUGGCUCCUACUGCGAGAGGAGGGGGGGCUGCUGCCCCGGCAGAGACGACAUCUGCACCGUUCCCUACCUGGACACCAUCUGCUACUGCGACCUGUUCUGCAACCGCACCAUCUCCGACUGCUGCCCCGACUUCUGGGGACAUUGUCUGGGCAUUCAGCCGCCUUUCAUAGGCACCUGCGAAAGAAAUGGAAACACAUUCUUUUCAGGGCAAACAUACAGAGAGAACUGCAAUUUAUGUACAUGUGGGACCACGGGACGCUGGGAGUGUGACCAGAACGCCUGUCUGAUGGACCAGGACAUCAUCUAUUCUGUUAACAGAGGGAACUAUGGCUGGAAGGCAGGUAACUACAGUCAGCUCUACGGCAUGACUCUGGACGAGGGUAUCCGGUUCCGCCUGGGCACGCAGAGACCCUCCAGGACUAUUAUGAACAUGAACGAAAUCCAGAUGAACAUGGAUCCUCAGGCCGAGCGUCUUCCAAGCUACUUCAACUCAACAGAGAAGUGGCCCGGAAAGAUUCACGAACCGCUGGACCAGGGCAACUGUGCUGCAUCCUGGGCUUUCUCCACUGCAGCUGUGGCAUCAGACAGAAUCUCUAUCCAGUCCAUGGGUCACAUGACUCCUCAACUGUCACCACAAAAUCUCAUUUCCUGUGACACGCGCAACCAGGGAGGCUGUGCGGGGGGGCGCAUCGACGGAGCCUGGUGGUACCUCCGGCGUAGAGGAGUGGUGACUGAGGACUGUUAUCCAUACCAAUCCCCACUGGAAGCCCCCGCGGAGGUGGGCCGCUGCAUGAUGCAGAGUCGCUCAGUGGGCCGGGGGAAGAGGCAGGCCACCCAGCGCUGCCCCAACACACACAACUACCACAACAACAUCUACCAGUCCACACCGCCCUACAGGCUCUCAUCCAAUGAAAAGGAGAUCAUGAAGGAGAUUAUGGAUAAUGGCCCCGUGCAAGCUAUUAUGGAGGUCCACGAGGAUUUCUUUGUCUAUAAGAGUGGGAUCUACAAACACACUGACGUCAGCUUCACCAAACCUCCACAAUACCGCAAACACGGCACACACUCGAUCAGAAUCACCGGGUGGGGAGAGGAGAGAAACUAUGAUGAGUCAUCAAAAAAAUACUGGAUUGCUGCCAACUCCUGGGGAAAGAACUGGGGAGAGAACGGCUUCUUCCGUAUCGCCCGUGGGGACAAUGAGUGUGAGAUUGAAACGUUUGUGAUCGGUGUGUGGGGAAGGAUCACGAUGGAAGACAUGCACAAACAUCAUCACCAACAUCGUCGCCGACACAUUUAGAGACACAGCAGAUGCUAAAACCCCACAGAGAACUUUGUUUUGAAUCCAACAUAUAGAUGUGUUUUACCCCAGACGAGAACCAGACUAAAAGUCUCAGAACUUCAGCACAUCCCGUACCUGUCACAAUGGCUGGGACAGACACAAAAUUAACCCCAGAGCCCCUGAAACCCUCUCUUUUUAUACCUUACAUCACUCUGGGGGUCAAUACACCCCCUUGUCUCCUCCAUAUUUACCCUAUAAAGAGACUACCCCUCCCCUCUCCCUGUAACUCAAGGUUUUUGGCACAAAAAGUAACAAAGAUAAACUCAACUAAGCUCUUAAAAAUAGCCUUACAACCUCAGGUACCAAUGAUCCAAAGACCACACUUCCCAGAAUCCUUAGUGUAACAUCAAACCAUGCUUAUGUCAAAGUUUGGCGAUGACAGGAGAAGAAGCUCAAUCUUAUUCUUCUUUGUCCUUCUUUGUCAACAUAACCCUUUAGUCUUUUCUUAAUCUAGGAUCUAGUCAGACUCAAUUUCAGAAGGACGGUUUGGAAAAGAAGAAAUCUGAGAGCCAGAUUAUCAGACUUCAGAGAGACACACCCAGCAAAGUGUGUAACAUGAUAAUGUCAUAUAAGGUCAUAUAUGACCUUACUGACAUUAACCUGUCAGCUAUACAGACGCUCCACGUUCUCACACAUUCCAGUGAAAACGUAAAAUCUAAAACUGAAAACAGAAGAUUUGAUGUGGAGUAUACUAUUACAAAAACUCUGAUUUUGUAUUUUCUGAAGAUACAGAGCCACAGACUAUUACCUGCCAUCAACAUGAGUCCCAACACCACCAGUGAAUCAGGCUUAAUCGUCACCCUUCUUCUACAUGUUUAUACAGUGUUCAUGCACAAAGUAAAAUGUGUAUAAUUUUGCUGCAGGUGAAAUAAAUAUUUUGUAGAUAAAAGAGUCACAAUUAACAAUCAAAUGUAAAAAGAAAAAAAAGCCAUGCUGCCAUUCUUGACUCCCAAAUCUCAUUAAAAAGAUGAAAUUGAUGCGUAAAGAGGGUAGAAAGAUUUUAUUGCCUUAAAAACAGAGUUGUUUUGACCACUGCAAAGAAAGAAAGUUUGUGUAUAGUAGUCUUAAAUUGCUCCAUUCUGUGUACACUGUUACAAUUUGAGCAAACAAGUUAUUUUUUUGUAGCUGUUAUAUUGUGAAGUUUUAUUUUACUACGUGUUUUUCCGAUGUACUGUAUGUAGUAACUUUCAUAGAACACACUCAUCACUCACUCUGUUGCUUUUCUGCUACUGCAUAAUGAGGAGGAGGAUGGGGGGGGGGGAUACUGCUGCUGCUGAGGGCCACUCUGCUAAAAGUCGCUGCAGAAUCUGUAGUUUUAAAUGUAAUAAAACCCCUUUUUAAUAAGGGCAGAAACACCUUAAGACAUUACGUUUGCAAAUGAGCUGUUUGGCUUAAUGUCAUCCUUUUUAUUAAGAAAGCAUAACAUGUUCAAACGUAUCAGAUGUGUGCCUCAGCCCUUUAUGGUCUUUUUCAGAUGUUCAGAUCUUUUUGGAGCAAAGCCUCGCUUGGGAAAAAUAAAUCAUGGUGUAUUAUUACCCAUUACCUUAGAUAACAUCCCGGUGCACUUCAGCUGUAACUUCAAAAGCCUUUUUCAUUUCUAUAUCAUCUUGUGAUCUUAAAGGUCCCUUUAUCUCUCUCCUUCAGGCGUGAUGAGCAGAUAGGCAUAAAAGCAAAGAGAAAUGUCUGGAUGGACAGGCAAUGUGCAAUGUGGUGGAGAGAUAAGCAGCUUAGGCAAGUUUCUCAUGCAGCGUCCUGGAUCUUUGUUUUCAUUCGUAAGUAAGUGAAGACACGGGAAGAUGGCAAGCAGCCUAUUAACACGCAAUAAACCACAGAUUUAUAAUAAAUGACAACAAGGAUGUAUUCGAAUCCGAGACAUGAUUUUGUCAGUGUCCAUUUAUUUAGCUUAUAGUAUGUUAGAUUAACGGCCUUUACGGUUCAUGUUACCUUGGAACGCUAUAUAUGACACUUGAUUAUGUAGAAGAGGGGUUAAAAGAAAACAACCUCUGAUAUAUAAGUAUACUCUCAAGUAAAUGUUCAUGAACAAUACGUGCCACAUUCAUUUAGAUUAUUUGUAUUUCAGAUGGGACCAAUACUUUAUCUUUAUUACAAAAGGUGAUCUGCAAAACCCAAAUAUAUAUUCCAUAGCGACUUAACUAACAUUCAGCAGCCGUUUUCCCCAACAUCACAACCUCUCCUCCAAAACAAACAAACCGGGAGCUGCAGCAGACAUCCACUCAGAAGUUGUGUAUUUUAUAUAAAAUGAACCACUCCAUAUUCAGUGAUGUGUAGACUUUAUUUAUGACCAGAUGUGUAAAUUAUAUACUUUUAUUCCUCGUUUGCCUGUGCAAUGUUUUAUUAUCUUCCUGUCUCUUGUAUUGUGUGCACUAAAUGCAAUACCACAUUAGUGUUCACCUGUGCGGCACAAUAAAGUCUUUCCCAAACGUA